AUGGGGAAUUUCCAUUUUUCUCUUCCCAAAUUCCUGUUUCUCCUCCUCCUCCUCCUCAUAAUUUCCGACCAAAUUCAUGUCUGCUCCGCCGCCGGAAGAACCCACAAAUCCCCUGCUAGAUUCAGAACAAACACAGAGUAUGUGAGAACCUCGUGCAGUGCCACUUCAUACCCUCGCCUCUGUUACAAUUCACUCUCGGUGUACGCCGGCAAGAUCAAGACCAACCCCAAGACGCUAUCUCUCGCUGCCCUCCAUGUCAAUCUCGCCUCCGCCCGAUCCACGGCUGUGGCAAUGAGAAGACUAGCCAAAACCCGUGGACUACGACGGAGAGACGCGUCGGCAAUCUCCGAUUGCAUAGAGGAGGUAGGCGACUCAGUGUUCGAGCUUCAUAGGGCGAUUCGCGAAUUGUGUCGUCCUAGAGGGUAUGAUUUUGGGGCUUUGAUUAGCGACAUUGAGACAUGGGUUAGCUCUGCUCUAACCGACGAAGAGACGUGUAUGGAAGGGUUUGGCGGGCGGAGUGUUAGUAAUAGGUUCAGUGUGAAGGCUAAGGUCCGACGGCACAUUGUUAGAGUUGCGCAUUUGACCAGCAAUUCACUUGCUCUUAUUAACACCUAUGCUUCGUCGGCAGCGGCGGCCCAAGGCGUUCUGCCCUAG